GCAUGCGCACCGCUGCUCCUGAGUGCUGGGCUCGUGGCUCUUGCGCAACUUCGAGGAACCACUGCGCGAGCUCGCCUGGCUUCCGGAUUCUCGGUAGAGGAACUGCGGUUCGAAGAUGAGCCCCGGAAGACUACCAGUGAGGCCAGCACUCCCUGUAAAGAGCUGCAAACUACGCCGAGCACCCCGACGACCCCGAGCACUUCUACCAGCUCCCCACAGAAAGGCAAGGGCGGCAAGGUGCCACCACCUCCGAAGGGAGCGGGCAACGGGCCCAGCAAGAAUGCUGUAAAGGGCCCAGCAGGGACGCCCAAAGGAAAAGCUGGCGUCAAGGGUGGCAAAGGAACUCCCCCAAAAGGAGGAGCCCUGGCUACCAAGCGGUCUGACACCUUCGAGGACCGUGAGGGGGAGGCAAAGGCACAGCCGUUCGGGACACGACGCAUCCGCUGGAGAACAAUCUCCGACCAUGCGGGCACCGUCUUCGACGGCUUGGACAGCACAGCACCCUACAACGAAACUCGGAAGAUGCUCCACGAGGUCUUGGCAGCUUCGGUGGUGCAGCAAACAGCUCGGCCGAGCGCUUUCGUCCCCAAGAGCUCCGGCGUCUGCCUUCUGGAUAGGAACCGGGCGCAGCAGUUAGCCAUCGCUUUCCGCCGGUCACCCUUGCCAUUGCAGAAGCUUUGUUUGGCGUUGCAGACGCUUGAUUUCUCCAUUCCGCUCUCCGAAGAAGAGAUCGAAGGGCUUCUGAAGGCUUGGCCCACAGACGUCGACUUCCGACAGGUGGCGAAGCACGAAGGGCCUACCGAGGAGCUGCGCGACGUGGAGCAGUGCAUUCGCCAGGUCGCUUCGGUCCCCCGCAGUGAGGCUCGACUGAAGCUCCUCCGGCUCUCCAGAUCUCUCGAUUCUUUGUCCGGAAUCUUCGGGCACCUCGGCGUGCUGCAGACG